UACACUUCCCAUGAUGCCCCUCUCCCACGCAACGGCGGCCGCGACGUCGCUCCCAUGGCAACCCAGAAGGUCUCACUCCCAGACUCCUUGCGGAGCUGGCCGCCUGAUUCUAGGCUGGUCCCUACUCCGAGCGUGUGACGUUUGCUGCAGCCCGGCCGUCGACGAUGUCCAGUGAAACUCUCUGGGAAAUUGCAAAAGCUGAAGUGGAAAAAAGAGGAAUUAAUAGAAGUGAAGGUGAUGGAGCUGAAAUUGGAGAAAAAUCUGUUUUCUUCAUUGGCAGUAAAACUGGGGGAAAGACUACUAUUAUUCUAAGGUGUCUUGACAGAGAUGAGCCACCAAAACCAACCUUAGCUUUGGAAUAUACAUAUGGAAGAAGAGCAAAAGGGCACAACACACCAAAAGAUAUCGCUCACUUUUGGGAACUCGGUGGAGGAACCUCUUUAUUGGACUUAAUCAGCAUACCCAUCACAAGUGACACCUUACGGACGUUUUCUGUUGUUCUCAUUCUGGAUCUUUCAAAACCUAAUGAUCUUUGGCCCACCAUGGAAAAUCUCUUGCAAGCCACAAAAAGCCAUAUAGACAAAGUGUUAAUGGAACUGGGAAAGACAAAUCCUAAAGCAGUUUCUGAAAUGAGACAGAAGAUCUGGAAUAAUAUGCAGAAGGAUCAUCCUGAUCGUGAAUUAAUUGACCCAUUUCCAGUACCUCUGGUCAUAAUUGGAAGUAAAUAUGAUAUUUUUCAGGAUUUUGAGUCUGAGAAGAGAAAGGUAAUAUGCAAGACACUUCGAUUUGUUGCACAUUAUUAUGGAGCAUCAUUAAUGUUUACCAGUAAAUCAGAAGCUCUAUUACUAAAAAUACGUGGAGUUAUCAACCAGUUGGCAUUUGGCAUUGACAGAAGCAAAUCAAAAUGUGUGGAUCAGAAUAAACCGCUGUUUAUCACAGCAGGAUUGGAUUCUUUCAGUCAAAUAGGAUGUCCUCCUGUCCCUGAAAAUGACAUUGGAAAGCUUCAUGCCCACUCACCAAUGGAGUUGUGGAAAAAAGUGUAUGAAAAGCUCUUUCCACCAAAGAGUAAUAACACGCUGAAAGAUAUCAAGGACCCUGCGAGAGAUCCUCAGUAUGCUGAAAGUGAAGUCGAUGAGAUGAGAAUUCAGAAGGAUCAGGCACAUCUAAGGAGAUAUCCUAUCAAGAAGCAGCACAAAACAUCAUGUGUUGGGGAUAACCAGGAUUAUUUCCAAGGUGGGAUAGCCUUUAAGAAGCCGUUCCAAUCUGUAGAUUUGUGUACCUGCUAGCCAAGUUCAUUUUGACCCACACAGUGGUAUUGCCCUGGUGAGAAGAAAUGAUUGGCAGGGCAAGGCUCCGUAUUCAUGGAAAACCCUGAUGGAACACUUCAACACCAAUGCAACGCUUCUGGGUCCAGGAGCUGUUUUGUUUGGAUGAUGGAAUUGCAUCAGGAAAUGAACUAUACAGCAUUUCUGAAAAAACUGGGUCCUCAGUUUGAAAAACCUGUGAUUUCAGUUGUACACAAACCCCUUUCCAAAUGAGGACUGUGAAGAAAGGGCCCAAAGUAUCUGCAGAUGCACAGAAGAUGCCCAGACAGCAGCUAGUAACAGUUCUGGAUGCCACUUACUGGGAUCCUGGAGCAGCUGGGCUGCGAUGGAGACCCGGCGCCGCUCACCAAUGGAAAUGCCCCCCAAGUUGUAGUUGCCAAUCAGUCGGUCUGCCACAUGGCUCAGACUCAGCUCUGCCAUGACGGCCUCCACCUGCAGGAGACACAGAUUAUAGGAAGGCUGGGCGUGGCUGUGGCUGCUAUUUCAAUUCAUGGGCUGGGGAGGGCAUGAAAGAGGCAACACACCCCCCAAGAAUCCAAGGGCCACUUCCAGACUCACCACACCCUGGGGAAAACAUGUCUUUGAUAAUAAUGUGAUCCAAUUUGGCUUAAAUCAUAAUACAUGUGUCAGAUUUAAAUAAAUAAUAUGAAUUUUUUAAAACGUCCCCAGAGGCUGGGUGCAGUGGCUCAUGCCUGUAAUCCCAACACUUUGGAAGGCCGAGGAGGGAGAAUUGCUUGAGGCCAGGAGUUUGAGACCAGCUUGGGCAACAAAGAGAGACCCUGUCUCUAC